CCCUAGAAACUCACACUCAAAGCAAGCAUAUUCAAAAGUAAAACAGGCCAGCCUACUACUCCUCGAGUGAUAUUAACUAAACCACCAUGGCCAGCUCCUUCGUCGUUAGGCUUACUUGCGUGGUGCUCGUGUGCAUGAUGGUUUAUGCACCGCUUGCCGACGCUGCCAUAUCAUGUGGGCAGGUUCAAAGCAGCCUGCUCCCUUGCAUUACCUACGUUAGGAACAACGGUCAGGGGGCUCCCCCUCCAAGCUGCUGCAGCGGGAUCGUCGCCGUCAACAACGGUGCAAAGACCACAACCGACCGCCAGACCGUCUGCGACUGCUUGAAAAAGGCCGCUUCUGCCUUAAGCGGAGUCAAUCCUAAUAUUAUUGCUGGCCUCCCUGGCAAGUGCAAUGUCAACAUUCCUUACAAGAUCAGCACCUCCACCAACUGCAAAACCAUCAAAUGAGGUUGAUGGAGAAGCAAUAUUUGAACCACGGGAUGUAGUAGCUUGCUAGCAUGAGAAUAAAAUGGGUGUUCUUAGGCGCCCAUGCGUACGAGGCUCCUCACGUGGCAGUCAUUAAUGUCUAGUUGCUUUUGUAUUUCAUCAUGUACUACGCACUUUUGUGCAAUAAUUAAAUAUGCUUGAAAUUUACUA